CCCCUAUCCCAUAAUACAAAAUGGCAUAAAGUUGCAAACUAAAGCUUUUUUUCUUAUUACGCUUGUUGUCAUAAUUCAUGGCAGAGAAUUUUUAGAAAGCGCACGGACCACGAAAAUAACGUAUCUUAGUGGCUUUUAUCUUUCUUCAUUUCAAUCGGACGUGGAAAAAAAGUGUUUAGAUUCGCUUGAAACAAUGUCUAAGAGAUCCAUGAAUGAGAACGACCCGAUUCAACUAGUCAAGGACGAAGUCAUUGUCUUGGAAGAGGAUGUUGGAAUAGAGACAGAAACACAACAUCACAGAUUUAUGCGUGCAGCAUUGGAACUGGCUGAAGAGGCACAUUCUGUGAAUGAAGUACCAGUGGGAUGUGUUUUUAUCUAUAAUCCAACCGGGAAGAUUAUUGGCAAAGGCAGGAAUAGGACCAACGAGAGUCUGAAUGGCACGCGUCAUGCAGAAUUCGAAGCAAUCGAUAUGAUCUUGGCACAGGACGGAUAUAAAGCACUAGCACAGGACCCUUCCAAGAACUUUUGGAGAGAUGUGACCCUAUAUGUGACCAUUGAACCGUGUGUCAUGUGUGCUAGUGCUCUUCGUCAACUUGGGAUUGGUCAGGUCUAUUUUGGUGCUGGUAAUGAUCGUUUUGGAGGCAAUGGAUCAGUGUUCCAGAUUCAUCAGGAUUCCAACCUCCCGCAUUCGAACUACCCCUCGGAAGGAGGUUAUCUCCGGGCCCCAGCAAUUCUAAUCCUGCGUAGAUUUUAUGUUGGAGAAAAUAUGCAUGCGCCUGACCCCAAGAAGAAGAAGCACCGUAUUGUCAAAAAGGAUCUUUAAAUAAUGGCUUUAAAAGCUGUAUGGGU